GUCCACGUUUUUGUCCUCUAGGAGCGUCUCUGACUCCGCUGUUCCGGGCUUGUGAAAACUGGGGUCCCCAGAAUUUCGAUAUUAUUUGCAUAUAGAGGCUCACGAUCCAGGGAAAUCCGGGCAGCCAGAGGGCCGUACAGCAUGAAGCAAGGGCAUACCGAUAAGGAAAUUGGCGACAAUGCCAUCGCCCCGGCACCUUCCAAUGUGGCUUACGAGCACCAGGAAGAGGACAAGUCGAUCAACGCCUAUGCCGAUGCUCAAGCGAUCUACGUUGACGACAAGACAAGCAGGAAGCUUUUCUGGACAGUCAACAGACGAAUCCUCGCUUGUAUGCUGGGAACCUACUUCUGCCAGUCCCUCGACAAGGGCACCCUUGGCUUUGCCUCCAUCAUGAACAUCAAGCAAGACGCCAACCUCGUGGGCCAACAGUUCAGCUGGCUCGGGACUAUCCUGUACAUGGGUGUUCUUGUCGGAGAGUACCCGACCAACUUGCUCCUCCAGAAGCUCCCCGUUGCAAAAUAUCUCGCCGCCAAUGUUUUCUGCUGGGGCAUUGUAAUUGCAUGCUCGGCUGCCGCGAAGAACUUCACAGCUUUGAUGAUUGUCAGAUUCCUGCUCGGAGUAUUUGAGUCUUGUGUUCAGCCGGCGUUCAUCAUCAUGACUUCAAUGUGGUACACGAAGAGAGAACAGUCCAUCCUGACCUCCCUCUGGUACUGCAUGAGUGGAGUACAGCUCAUGAUCGGUGGCAUUAUCGCCUGGGGAGCCUCCCACUAUAAUGGCCACGACAUCAAGUCGUGGCAGCUUCUCUUCCUCGUCCUCGGCGUCGCGACCUGCACCUGGGGCCUCUUCAUCGGCUGGUGGCUGCCCGACUCGCCCAUGGCGGCCAAGUGCUUCAACGAGGACCAGAAGCGCCUCAUGAUUGAGCGUGUGCGGGCUAACGAGACGGGCAUCCAGAACAAGACAUACAAGCGCUACCAGAUGAUUGAGACCCUCACCGACCCCGUCAUCUGGUGCUACGUCAUGCUUCAGGUCACUUCCACCCUCAUCAUCGGCGGCCUCGGCGUCUUCUCCAACCUCAUCAUCUCCUCGUUCGGGUUCACGUACCUACAGACGCAGCUGUUGAAUAUCGCACAAGGUGCCGUCACCAUCUUCGUCAUGAUUGGUAGCGCGACAUUGGCUACCUGGUCGAGGCAGACUGCCUGGGUCAUGCAUGGAUGCACAAUUCCCGCCAUCAUCGGCACAGCCAUAAUCUACAGCAUUCCCCCCAACGCCAGCAACCGCAUCGGCCUCCUCCUCGCCUUCUACUGCACCCAAUUCUACCUCGCCGAGGGCAACCUCAUCUUCUCCCUCAUCUCGCGCAACGUCGCGGGCCAGACCAAGAAGUCGACGACGCUGGCCAUGACCUUUAUCGGCUGGGCCGCCGGCAACAUGACGGCGCCCCAAAUCUUCCAGGCCGCCGACGCGCCGCGCUACCGUAAGGGCUUCACGGCCCACUUCUGCCUCUACGUCCUCUUCAACCUCUUCCUCGUCCUCCUGCGCUUCCUCCUCGUCCGCCGCAACAUGACCAAGCGCAAGGCCGCUGCCGCCGCGGACCCGGCGAACCUGGCGGCCGAGGAGGUUGAGCAGGACGUCGGUAAGGGCGGGGCUGCCGGGGCUAAUGACGAGAAGAUUGAGCACUCGAAUGCGUUUGCCGAUAUGACGGAUAAGGAGAACCCCGACUUCAGGUAUGACUUCUGAGCAGUGUAUCUAGGCUUGAGUUGGUUGGCCUUUCGUAGGCCUUGAUUCCGGAAGGCAGGCCUUAGUUGAUGGGAGUACCGCGAGAUGUGUGGCUAGAGACGCAAAGAUGCUGGGUGGUGAAGUGGGCGACACAAUGAUUUGCCGUUUAAUAUCUUACCUCUUUUUCUUCUACCACUACUAUCGCCAUAUUGGCUUCCUUAUUCACUCGAGGUAUUUUGCUCUCUGUAAUCCCCUUGAACAUCAUACUUCAAGGGCUAUUAUAAGGGGGUGGUAAGGGGAUUACUUAUAAGAAGGGUAGUAAUUAUAUGCUGACCGACACCCUAUUUUGUUAUCCAAUUCGCCGGUUAAAAUGUGUUGGCACGGCAGAGAUAACGUUAGGGUUUCCGUCAACCCAAUAGGAGACGAACUGCAACAGAAGCAUACCUAUUACUCUGAACUCAACAUCCAAUGCAACUCGCAGUUGAAGCGCCACAAGCC